AUGUCAUUUCUAAGGUUAAUUCGCUUUGAAGACAUUGACGGCAACAAGUUGUAUGGAGACCCACAGAUUGAGAGCGUAGACGACUUGUCAAGGCUUUUAGAGAAUGGAGAGCUUUUUGCACGUGUCUUGAACGGUAGCUCGCCUUUCAAUCUUGCAUCGAAAGCCGGACCUUUGCGACAAGUAAGACAAGUUCUACCAGUAUUAAGGCCCGAGGAUGUUCCCAUUAUAAAAUGCGUGGGACUGAACUACAUCACACAUAUCAAAGAAGGGGGUCGGAAACCACCUCCAUAUCCGUCAAUUUUUAUCAAGCCCUCCAACUGUGUUGCCUCAAGCACCGAAGAAAUACCUAUACCGAAAUUAGCGCAGGAUAAUCAAUGCGACUACGAAGGAGAGCUCUCAAUUGUGAUAGCUAAAACGGGCAAAGAUAUCGACAAGGAAGAUGCUCUGGAAUAUGUAGCGGGAUACGUGGUAUCCAACGAUGUGUCAGCAAGGACUUGGCAGCGCGAUCCUGAAUAUGCUGGUGGCGUCCCUCAGUGGUGCUUUAGCAAAGGCUUCGAUAAAUACGCGCCUUUGGGGCCCAUGAUUGUCUCGCCGAAGCUUGUUGGUGAUGCCAGCAAUCUGCGCCUUCAAACAUGGGUAAACGAGGAGCUAAGACAGGAUAGUUCAACUAGUGACCUCCUCUUUGGCGUCAAAGAGAUAAUCAGCUUCGUGAGCCAAGGCACGACCUUGGAACAGGGUACAGUCAUUAUGACAGGCACUCCUGCUGGAGUAGGCAUGGGGAUGAAGCCGGAACCUCGUUAUCUGAAAAAUGGUGAUGUCGUCAAAGUGUCAAUUGAGCAUCUUGGCAGCGUGCGGAAUAAAAUGGUUUGGGCAUAA